UGUGUGUGCAGAAUCACUCAAGAAAAUAAGAGCCUGUAGUAUUCCCAAAUCAGUUGCAAAGAAGCCUAGCAAAGCAUUCGUGAUCAUCCGAUUAUACACCAAAGCGCAUACGCGUACACCAAUUAUUUCAACAUGCCUAUUAUCAAGUUUCUGUGCUCCUUUAAUCGGCAGGGUUCGAAUACAAGAAUCAAAUGGAAUUCUCAAAUGGUGGGUAAAUUCAUAGUGUUAUUGGCACUGAUAUUAUUGACCAUUAUGACUCGAAAUUAUAUUCAAAAAAUGUUGGAACCUUCCCCAAGGCCCGCAUCGACUGUGCUAGGCAACGAGGCUCCGCUGUGCACGGGGAAUCUACUAGACAAACGGGAACACCACUAUGCCAAAAAAGCUGACGGAUCGUACGAUAAUAGUAGACUGAUAACCAAAACGGGUUCGUGCCACUUGACGCGUUACACUCAAGCAGAAGCAGUCGGCUGCUUAGAUGCGCUCUACGACCACUUAACCGAGAAAUCAUCAAAUAAGCCUAAUCUAAAUCUCCUCAACAAUUCACGUAAAAGACUGCAUAUUGCAUUUGUGGGUGAUUCUAGAAUUCGUCAACAGUUUCAUAACUUCCUAAAGCUGAUUCCUGACUACGAUCUGAUUUUUGAUCCAAAUCCAAUUCCACUUGCUUUUCACGGAGAUGUGGAAGUUAUCAGCAACUUACUGAGAUUACGAAUAACCUUUUAUUGGCAACCUCUCAUUGAUGACACGGUUGUCGAACUGACCCGCAUCUGGGCAACUGAUGAUGAAACUGAUCCACCUUAUUUACUUGUUCUAAGUAUGGCCGUUUGGCACAUGAUUAUACAAUUCGAAGGCGCCGACCAGCAUCAACUAUACCAGAAGAGACUAAAGGAACUCGCACCAAUCCUCGACCAAUUGGCAAACGUCAGCCACAUCAUUUGGCUUAACCAAUACCCAACCUUGGAAUUUUAUGGGAAUAUUGGGGUGCUCAACACAGACAUACAUUCAGAGAAAAUUCAUCACUACAAUUUAGCUAUUCGCCGAAUACUUGGAGGCCACAAAAAGGUCCGGAUAUGGGAUUCGAGCAAUCCGCUUGCUGAAGAGUAUGUCCGAGGAUGUUCCCUAUCUCAGCGUGUCACUUUAACCCAAAUCGCAAAUUCCUUUGUUCAUUGCAAAGACUUUUCACACGUGGGUUAUAUAGCCCUUUCUCAAUCCACUCAGCUCUUGUUCAAUGACAUUUGUAAUGAUGGCAAAUUGAUUAGAUAAAAUUGACACCCUCAUCGGAUUGCAGACACUAGCCUAUCGCCUUUUCAACUUUCCCUUUGGUAAAUAAAAUCCAUAAUGCCAACAACCCACUCAAAAUCAUCAUAGAUUGCUAUGAUCAUUCAGAGUUAAUGUACAAUAAUUUUAAGACAGAAACUAGACAGGAUAAUUCAAGGAAAUCAGGAAUUUCCAUUUCCGUCUUUUGUAAACGGGCAUUUGGUGACGAAAUUUCUCCCGGAGUUGCGUACUCGACAUUCGAACACUUUCAACAGUAAAUAAAAAAUGACGAUUCCAUUAAAGAGGCUAAAUUUCAACUUGGCAAAAUUUGUCAUCAAAUUGUGUGCCCAUCAUCGAGUCGGCAGUCGACAGCACUAGAUACCGUGUGGGAAUACUCCAGCCAUAAGCACACAAAUGAAGACGUCAAUUAAAAAUCAAUGGCGUCCUACCUUGAUGACGAAUAUUGGAUGGC